AUGCUGGAAGAAUUCAAGCGUCUUAUUAGGAUUCCUAUGAAGAACAAGCCAUUGUUUGAAGGGGUGGAUGAAUCUUUGCCACCUGAUAUCAUUGCUAGAGCACUUCACCUGGACGAAAGGGAAGCUGAGGCUAACCUAGAGGUCAAAGGGAAUACCAAAGGGUUUUCGCUAAGCUUUCUCUUGGAAAGUGCUCAUACCCUACUAAAAGCAGAAAGUUGGAAUGCUUGUUACUAUGCUAUUGCGCUGGCUAUCUAUGGCAUCAUCAUGUUCCCAAAUAUGGAUGGUUUCAUAGACAUGGCUGCUAUUUGCUUCUUCCUCACCGGAAACCCAGUACCCACCUUGUUAGCUGAUGUUUACUAUUACAUGAGCCAUAGGUACACCAAGAAGAAAGGAAUGAUUGCUUAUUGUGCUCCUUUAUUAUAUCAGUGGUUUCUAGAACAUCUUCCGAAGACAGGUGUUUGGGUAGAACAGACAAACGCUAGUUGGCCUCAGAGGUUGGGGUCGCUCCGAUCCAAAGAUCUUUCUUGGUAUUCCAAGGAAUAUAUUGGUAUGGACAUCAUAUUCAGAUGUGGAGAUUUCCCUAGUCUACCACUUAUUGGAACUCAAGGAUGUGUAAAUUCUAACCUGGUUCUAUCACUAAGACAGCUUGGGUACCCAAUGGAAGGCCCUCCAGAUGCGAGGUCUUUGGAAGCUUUCUUGUUGCUUGAUUUUGGGGUUGAGAAUCCUAGCUCUUAA